AUACCUUCGUCUCCAACCCACUUGCGUUCUUACUGAAGUAGGUCGCUCGGAUACUGUGGUUGCUACCGUUUACUGAGAAGUAACAAAUUACUACCAGGAAACCUUUUUAAAAUCACAGAAACCAUGGAUGAGAUGGAAGAAGAGCUGAAAUGCCCUGUCUGUGGGUCUUUUUUCCGGGAGCCAAUAAUCCUGCCGUGCACCCACAACAUUUGCCUUGCUUGUGCGCGGAAUAUCCUAGUGCAAACUCCCGAUGCCGAGUCACCACAGAGCAGCCGGGCGUCAGGCUCCGGUGUGUCCGACUAUGACUACCUAGACCUGGACAAGAUGAGCUUGUACAGCGAAGCUGACAGCGGCUAUGGCUCGUACGGAGGCUUCGCUAGUAUGCCGACCACCCCUUGCCAGAAAUCCCCAAACGGGGUGCGGGUGUUUCCUCCUGCCGUUCCCCCACAACCUCAACAACACUUGCUCCCAAUCCCCGGAGGUUUGCCCCCGAUCCCCCGCAACUCCUGUAUCACCUGCCCGCAGUGCCACCGCAGCCUUAUUCUGGAUGACCGGGGGCUUCGCGGCUUCGCCAAGAAUCGGGUUCUGGAAGGGGUGGUUGACCGGUACCAGCAGAGCAAAGCGGCCGCGCUUAAGUGUCAGUUGUGCGAGAAGAGCCCCAGGGAAGCCACGGUGAUGUGCGAGCAGUGCGACGUUUUCUACUGCGACCCGUGUCGGCUGCGGUGUCACCCACCGCGGGGUCCGCUAGCCAAGCACCGUUUGGUACCCCCUGCUCAGGGCCGCAUCAGCCGACGGACGAGCCCGCGAAAAAUAUCCACCUGCACGGAGCAUGAGCUAGAAAAUCUCAGCAUGUACUGUGUCCAGUGCAAGAUGCCCGUGUGUUACCAGUGCCUGGAAGAAGGCAAACACUCGACGCACGAAGUCAAAGCUCUCGGAGCAAUGUGGAAAUUGCACAAGGGCCAGCUGUCUCAGGCUCUCAACGUGCUGUCUGACCGGGCCUCAGAGGCCAAAGAGUUCCUGAUACAGCUCAGGAACAUGGUGCAGCAUAUCCAGGAGAACGGAGUGGAGUUCGAGGCGUGUUUGGUGGCCCAAUGUGAUGCUUUGAUCGAUGCCCUGAACCGCCGCAAAGCCCAGCUGCUCUCACGCGUCAACAAGGAGCACGAGCAUAAACUCAAGGUGGUGAGGGAUCAGAUCUCCCACUGCACAGUGAAGUUGAGGCAGACUACAGGCCUGAUGGAGUACUGCCUAGAGGUCAUCAAAGAGAAUGACCCCAGUGGCUUCCUGCAGAUCUCGGAUGCUCUGAUCCGGAGGGUGCACAUGACGGAGGGUCAGUGGGGAAAGGGCACUUUGACCCCGCGCAUGACCAGCGACUUUGACCUGACGCUUGACAGCGGGCCACUGCUGCAGUCCAUACACCAGCUGGACUUUGUGCAAAUGAAAGUUCCAGCCGCUCCGAUCCUUCAGCUAGAAGAGUGCUGCACUCAGAACAAUAGUGCUACGUUGUCGUGGAAACAGCCCCCUCUCUCAACCAUUGUAGUGGAGGGGUACAUCCUGGAGCUAGAUGAUGGAAACGGGGGUGUAUUUAGGGAAGUGUAUGUGGGCGCAGAGACCAUCUGCACUGUGGAUGGCCUUCACUUCAACAGCACCUAUAGGGCCCGUGUUAAAGCCUUCAAUGGCAGUGGCGUCGGCCAGUACAGCAAGACCCUCAUCAUGCAGACCUCUGAAACUGGACUCCCCCCAUGCGAUAUUAACUCUCUUGCUGAAGUCGCCUGGUUCGUCUUUGACCCUGCGUCAGCCCACCCAGACAUCCUUUUGUCCAACGACAACCUGACGGUGACGUGCAACAGUUACGACGACCGGGUGGUCAUGGGCAACACAGCGUUCUCCCGCGGCGUACACUACUGGGAGGUGACCAUCGAUCGCUAUGACAACCACCCAGACCCGGCGUUCGGCAUCGCCCGCGGUGAUGUGCUGAAAGACGUGAUGUUGGGGAAGGACGACAAGGCCUGGGCCAUGUAUGUGGACAACAACCGCUCCUGGUUCAUGCACAACAACUCACACACCAACAGGUCGGAUGGAGGGAUCGGUAAAGGGGCGACGGUGGGGGUGUUGUUGGAUUUUACCCGAGGGAUCCUCAUUUUCCUCCUCAACGAUGAGCAGCAGGGUCCCGUGGCCUUUGAGGGGCUGGAGGGCCUCUACUACCCUGCCAUCAGCGUCAACCGCAACGUGCAGGUGACUCUGCACACUGGGCUACCCAUUCCUGACUUCUACACACCUGGAGAUCCUGACUCCACCGGCUCCGUCUGUUAAAGCCAGUUCUGUCUACUCUGUGUCACCACGGCACCACUGCACCACGGCACCAUCUCACCCCCACCUCCAUGCUCCUCUUCUGGGCCUCCCUAAUUAAGCUAAUACGCCCCCCCUCCCUCCUCCUCCCUCCCUUCAGCCUGUGUUGUGCAUUGAAGCACACGAAGCCCUCUCCUCUCUCAGCUGGACUGCAUCUCAUCAGAGACUCACGGAUUGAGGGCAGACAGAGGGACAUUUUGGAAAAUGAAAACGGCAUACGUGUACUCGGCAAACAGCUUUUUUCUGUGUGUGUAUGCGUGUGUGUGUGUGUGUGUGUGUGUGUGUGUGUGUGUGUGUGUGUGUGUGUGUGUGUGUGUGUGUGUGUGUGUGUGUGUGUGUGUGUGUGUGUGUGUGUGCCGUCACUGACAUUUACUUCACAUACAGAUAGAGUGUGCAACAGAGUUACGGCACUUCCUCAUUCUUGUUGUUAUGCGUUGUGUCAUGAGCACAAGUUCUGCUUGGACUCUUCCAUUAUCCUACUCCAUUACUAGCGCAUCACUAGCAUAGAGUGACCACUAGGGGGAAUAAUAGAGCACGUUAGGUAAAUUGGCCGCAAUAACUCCAGGUGGUCUCUGUGCUUUGCUCUGCUUUGCUUUGCUUUUGAUGGUGUAGUAGCAGCUCUCCUCUCCUUCUCGCUUUUUAUGUUCUUCUGUAUGAUGAGCAACUACCACACAAACAACACUGACCCUCAGUCAGUUGCUAAGAGCAUUCAGUGGGCGGAAGGAGGUGGGAAACUCAUUGGUGUAAGAGUAUGUUUUCUAACAGUGGAGAGGAGGUUGUGUGCGUCUGAUUUACACCUGUGUACAACUCUAGAGUCUGAAUGUUGGGUUUGUUCUGUGCUUCAUGUUUGUGUCCUUGGGAUCUCAAGAAUAACAGAUUUCACUGUUCUUAUUUUAUACCCAUCUAGGGACAAAUUCCUGAAUAUUAAGAGUACUUAUGUUUCUCCAGAGUAUCUAUUCCUAUUAUUACUAUUAUAUUGAUUAAUAUGAUUAUAAUUGUUAUUAAUCUGUAGUGUCAUGUUGGCACAUGUGUUAUGUGGUGCUCAUGGUGUCAGGCUUUAUACCGAAUUCCUCUGUUGGUGCCAUGGGUAACCAUGGGUAUCUUUUGGUUACUGUGCGUAACCGUGGGUGACCCAGUCCUAGGUUUUUAUACUCGCCCUCUUGAAAUACCCCUCUGUAAAUGACCCAUUAUUCAUAGAAAUGUGGAGAUGCGCAGUAGGAGUCAGUGAUGUUAAAAGCACUCUUGUUAUGGCUUUCUCACAUCUGUUUUGUACAAAAACACAAGAAAGCAAUGCCCUUUUAGGUUGAUGUAGAUUUCUGUCCCAUGUGGGCAUACCUUAAAAUGCGACUAUAACUGACCCCACAUAUCCCCCAUCUUAUGUGUACUGAUCGGUAUUGAAAACAAUACACUAAGUAAGCACAAAAUCCUUAAAAAAAAGGCUGAGGUGCUGUGGCAUGUGUAAAUUGGGGUAUGCUCCUGUUCCUGACACUUAAGUACUCAAGUGAAGUUCAGCUUUCUUUACACUUGUGGGCUGCUCAAGUAUAAGGUGCUAUCCACACACACACACAUACACCUCGUGUGCCUCUUCACGCUGAGUACUUGAUGUGAACAGGCAAUGAGAUAAUUUUGUGGUGGCAUACUACAGUUGUGGAUAGGUAGGUGGAUGAGUGUCAUUGGAUGGAGGUUGCUUUCAGAACUAGUUUUAUGAUUGUGAAGUCACAAUGGAAAGCUGUAAUAUUACAAUUGUGAUGUCAUAGUGGCAUUAAAAAUGGAAUGUUCCUUAUUUUUUCUUUCAUUUGGACUUUUUUGUCCAAAUAGCUCCAACAGAAAACUCCUCAGAGCUAGUAAAUACUGGCUUAGUGAUACCCUCACACAUGAAUGAGCUGUGGCCUGAUUAUACACCAUUGAGGCCUCUGUUUGAGAAUCUUUGUUAGACUUGGAACGAGAAGGGAUCCCCCCCCCCCUAAACCCAGACUCAACCGGGACAUCCAACACAAGGAGCUCUGUUUUAAAUUUAGGGCACUCUAACUAGAGUACAGGGGUGUUCUUUUGCCAAUACAUAACUCGGUGUGGACACAGAAUAGCUCCAUCACUACACCUCAACUGCAACUCCACAAUGUCUAAGUGUGGAUCCUUUAUUGGAUCUGUGUUCUAUUCCUUUUACAUGACAUUACACUUGCCUUGAGACUGCUGCCUCAAAAACUCUUAAAUCUGAGCUGCCAAAAUGCAAAGCUUUCAAUAGGCCAGAGAAGACUACCUGUUUAAUUUCAAGCAUAGAUGUCUGCAAAGCAAAUAUUCUUAUAAAACAGGUAUAAGGCUGUAUUGUGGUAUUUAAUACUAAAAAGAAUGCAGUCUACUAAAGCAUUACUCUGUGCAGCUGCUAGAUUUGACAUAACAAAAUAAACAAAGAAUAUGUAUAUUAUCAUUUACUGCAAGAGAACAAUGACUCUGCUCUUUGGGUGUUUCAUUUGCCAAGUGCAAAACAUUUACAAAUAUACAGAAUCUAUUUUGUGAUGUCAGCUCAAGUAUGAGUUUAUUUACGCUUAUGCGAAUAGAAGAACGCCUAUGGUUGUAUAGUUGGCUGUUUGACAUGAAACGGGUCGCAGACAGAAAGACAGCUGAAUCCAACAAUGUUCUCUCAAUACCGAAGCCAUGCUACUGGAUGCUGUGUGCUUGUGCUGUCCAGCCAAUGAUGUACGGUAGAAUAUACGAGUGAGUUCUCGGUUGCUGUCGUCAACUGUCUUAUUUAUUAAUUUACUCAAGUGGAUAUGAAGAAUGGCAUAUGGUUAUGUGGUUUAUUAUUAUGAUUAUCGUUGUUAUUAUUAUUAUCAUUAUUAUUAUUAUUCGAUGUUUGUAUUAUACUGUACCAAGCACUUGGUGUUUUCUGUAACUGCAACUAGGCUACUCAAUAAAAUAAAGUCAGUGUGUUAUCA